AAGAAAUUAAAGAAAUGGAGGUAUAGAUAUAUAAUUGCAUCCCGACGGAGACGCCACCCCCACCUUGAUUCGCCGCCGUCCAAAUUCACCAUAUUCCCCACCAUUGUCGACCUCCCCUCUCUAUUGCCUCCAGCGUAAAGAAAGAAUGCCGUCUCUGCAAACAGCAUUACCUCCUGAGCUUGCCAACAAUGCCAUCAGGCUUUAUCGCGAAUGCCUAAGGCGAGCAAAGUAUAUCGGGCAAAAGAAAUUCAACACUGAACUUCUAAUUACUAUGGUGAGAGAGCAGUUCAAGAAAAACAUGCAUGAGACAGAUCCGGAUAAGAUUCUAAAGAUGAAGGAUGAUGCGGCGAGAGGACUGAUCAACCAUAUGUUAUACGAGUCUGAAAACUUAUCUGGGCGAAAAUUCAGCAAAACCACCGAUGGGAGCUGAAUCUUUAAGUUCAUGACGGCUGCCUUUGGGAUCUGCUUUUAUGUUUGAUUUGAUUUCUUUAGUGAGAAAAAAAAUUACAUCUUGAGAUGUGGAAAAGGUUUUCUUUGACUUGUUAUGGCCUACUAUUUGAGAGAAAUUUGAUUAUACCUUUUUCAUAUCUCACUUAUUAUGCCAACAAUAUAAAAAACAAUUAUAGAGUUGCAGUUUAAUAGGUA